UGCGUCUCUAAGGUGUCUUCAAUUAUUUAUUGUUGCCUCCGAGGUGGUUGUGUCAAUGUGCUGUUAUUAUCUGAUUACUAGAGUAUCUCUAUACAAAGAACACACCAAGAUUGGAGUCCUAUCGGCAUCACCAGCGACCAACUGAAGACCACUAGUGACUGGGACUUCUCCUGACCAUGACUGCCCCUCAUCUCAUGAGAAGACAUUGUCCCUAAAAUUUUUGGACUCCUUUACACUUGACCCGACAAUGGGAUGCUCUCUCCACACCAGCUAAAUUCUCCGUUAACCCGCCGGGAAUGAUCUAAUGUCAGAAACAAGUGAAGAACGUGCAAUCAGACUGUACAACACAGCUGCAGAAAGGAUGAAGAAUGUCCGAGCAAAGGAGACAGAGGAGCAAGCGGCCCUGAGACGAAUGCAGGAGGCUCAGCGGAUGGCGAGACAUCGAGCAAAAAAGAAAAGAUGUUUAGACGAGAAUUUGGCCCGAGAGAUAUCAAAGAUCGCUGAAUUAUCGAAGAUGCCAGCGCCAGACGCAGCGACAAUAGCCCAGAUGUCUGAGAUGAACAUGAAUAAAAUUUCGGCUGAACUCAAGCAGAUGAUGGAGCGUGGGAAAGUACCCGAGCACAUUGUGCAAAUGGCCCAACUAGCUGAAUUCAGUAAAAUGAGUGAAUUCAAUAGAAUAACUCAGGAUAUGGCGAAGCGUUAUGAGAAAGAAAAAAUUGCUGAGUACGCUAAAACGACGGAAUACAUGAAGAUGCAGGAGAUGCAGAUGACAGAGCUCGCCAAGAUGAACGAAAUGGUAAAGUUCUCGGAAAUAUCAAAGUACACGGACAUCAACAAGAUGAAUGAAAUAGCCAAGAUGAACGAAAUCAUGAAAAUGUCCCAGAUGGCGAAGAUAAAUGAAGUUCAGCGUAUGAACGAAAUAGCAAAGCUGAAUGAAAUGGUGAAGAUGUCCGAGUUGGCAAAGUACAACAAUGACAUGACAAAAUUCACGGAGAUAGCACAAAUCAAUGAGAUGGCCAAGGAGAUAGCUAAACUCAAUGAAAAAACUAAAAUGAAUGAAAUGAUUAAAAUGGUUAAUAUGCAGAAUGACAUGUCGAAAAUGAACGAGUACUCGAAGAUGGGAGAUAUUGCCAAGUUGACGGAAUUGUCGAAGCUUAAUGAAAUAACAAUAACAAAACUCAAUGACCCACCACCCCAACCACCACCACCACCACCAGCAGCCUUACAAGCAACUAAAGUUCAAGAAAUUCCUAGGAUUCCAGAGCCAAUAAUUACAGUGCCAAAUCCACGGAAUCUUCAGAAUGUUCAGACCGUUCAGACUGCUCAGGCAAGUCCCUCGAAUACUAUUAAUUUUCCGUCAGUUCCGGGCCAGGGAAAAUACGCUCAGUUAUUGGUUAUAAUUGAGGAAUUGGGUCGUGACAUUCGUCUGUCAUAUGCUGGCAGUCGCAGUGCUGCUGAACGUCUUAAAAUGGGCAUUCAACAUGCAAGAAUUCUUGUCAGAGAGUGUCUGCUAGAGACUGAACACAAUGCACGACAAUGAUUUGUCGGUAUCGGACAGCGUAGAUCCGUCAGUUAUAGUAAGUUAUUUUUCACAUUCGUCGAAAGUCAGGGGUCUCGUAGGUGCGCUUUGGAAAAGAUACAAAUUAUUCUAGUUAUUACGAAGAGUUAUACAUUUCAUUUUUGUUUGUUGUCUCGGGGUCUGACGACCUUUGUGUGGAGGAACUUCAUCUAUUAAUAAUGACUAUUAGGUAUGAUUUCAAUUUUCUCUAAUUAUAUUUUUUCUUGAAACGUGGUGGUACAACUGUUAAUUGCGCUCGGAGAAUUUUUUUAAUGAUAUCUGUGUACAGAGAAAAAUAAUGCUGUCAUUUCUGAACAUAAUGCGUAGGUUAUUGCCCAAUGGAACUGAAUUUGGGUUGAUUAACUAUUUGUUGAAUAACAUUGUUGAAUAUAUCGAGUGCUGAGAAUGUCUUGGCAAGCACUUAGAAAAUUUGAAUUGCUUCUUAUACCACACGUAUGGGAAUAUUCGAUAAGAAGUAUUCCAUUACCGUAAUUUUUUAUGAUAAAAUAGAAGAAAAAAAAACUUUCCCACCAUCAAUUUGUUUUUCUCUGAAAAUACUAUAAUUUUGACUACAAAUCUAUUUAGCCAUUAGAAUACAGGAUAGACUUGUACUAGUUUCUAAAUAAAAGUGCAAUAGAAUACUCUCAGUGGUUCAAUGAAAUUCCUUUUUAAAACUCUCGGCUGUCAAUUCAAUUUUUUCAUACAUGUUUCAGUGAUGAACUACUAGUAUUCUACUAUCGCCUUUUAUUCCGAUCAUGUUUACAAUAAUUAGCUCCAUCCUUUAUAAUGCAUUGUACUUCAUUUAUAUACUUCGAGGUUUAUAAGUCUCCUUUGUGAUCUAAUUUUCUCAAUUGUUUACACCAAUGAAUCUACUGGAUCCAUCUACAUUAACUAUGUUCGUACUAUUCGGGUGAUUGUACUAUCUAAUGAUUUAUAAUUGAUACACUGGAAUCCUAAACAUAAGCCUUUCUUAUAGAAUAAUGCUGAAUAAAGUACCGAUUUUUUA